CGAGCGCAGCGGAGCGGAGGACCGGGGCCAGACAGCGGCUCCUCCCGGAACAAGUGAACACGAGCCCCGCAGCUCCUCAGUGCACAAGUCCCCCUCUCAGCUCCACUCCUCCUCCACCUCCUCCUCUACCUCUCCCUUUAUCUCCCUCCCUCUUUCUCUUUUUUUGGGGGGUUUAAUUCUCCCGGAGCCAUCGCGGUGGCAGUUCACUCCACAUCCGGGCCACGGUGCGUUCACUCCAUUAUUGUCCAAAAGUGGCGGAGUGCUCCAUCAAACCUGUCCCCCCACCCCCCCUGCAUCUGAAGACACGCGACGCGGGACUGGAGGCCGGGACCCGGAGGACAUGUCUAACCAAGGAGUGCGGCGGAACGGCCCGGUGAAGCUGCGACUAACAGUCCUCUGCGCCAAAAACCUGGUGAAGAAGGAUUUCUUCCGCCUCCCUGAUCCCUUCGCCAAAGUGGUCGUGGACGGCUCGGGGCAAUGCCACUCGACGGACACCGUGAGGAACACGCUUGACCCCAAGUGGAACCAACACUACGACCUAUACAUCGGGAAAUCAGACUCCAUCACCAUCAGUGUGUGGAACCACAAGAAGAUCCACAAGAAGCAAGGGGCUGGGUUCCUGGGAUGUGUCCGUCUUCUGUCCAACGCCAUCAACCGCCUUAAAGACACCGGCUAGCAAAGAACCACACAGCAAGGUCAAGUGUACUUCCUCCACACUCAGACAGGUGUCAGCACGUGGCACGACCCCCGGGUACCCAGAGAUCUGAGCAAUGUGAACUGUGAGGAGCUGGGUCCUUUACCUCCAGGAUGGGAGAUCCGCAACACGGCCACCGGGAGAGUUUACUUUGUCGACCACAAUAACAGAACCACGCAGUUCACAGACCCACGCCUCUCCGCCAACCUGCACCUCGUCCUAAAUCCAAGUCCUAAUGGUUGUCGAGGAGGCAUCGAAAGUCAGAUUGUCAGUCGUCAGAACCAGUUGAAGGAGCAGGCCCAGCAGGCUCUGGUGUCCCCCGCUCAACUCCCAGAGGAGGCCGAGUGCCUCACGGUGCCCAAGUACAAGAGGGACCUUGUUCAGAAGCUCAAGAUCCUCCGUCAGGAACUGUCCCAGCAGCAGCCUCAGGCGGGCCACUGCCGCAUCGAGGUGUCCCGUGAGGAGAUCUUUGAGGAAUCGUAUCGACAGGUGAUGAAGAUGCGGCCCAAGGACUUGUGGAAGAGGCUAAUGGUGAAGUUCAGAGGAGAAGAAGGUCUCGACUAUGGAGGAGUGGCCCGGGAGUGGCUCUACCUGCUGUCACACGAGAUGCUGAACCCGUACUACGGCCUGUUCCAGUACUCCCGUGAUGACAUCUACACACUGCAGAUAAACCCAGACUCCGCUGUCAACCCCGAACAUCUGUCCUACUUCCACUUCGUGGGCCGUAUCAUGGGAAUGGCCGUGUUCCAUGGCCACUACAUAGACGGAGGCUUCACUCUGCCCUUCUACAAGCAGCUGCUGGGGAAACCCAUCACCCUGGAUGACAUGGAGUCUGUUGACCCCGACCUGCACAACAGCCUCGUCUGGAUCCUGGACAAUGACAUCACAGGUGUGCUGGACCACACCUUCUGCGUAGAGCACAACGCUUACGGCGAGAUGAUCCAGCAUGAGCUCAAGCCCAACGGUAAGAGUCUCCCCGUCAGCCAGGACACCAAGAAGGAGUACGUCCGGCUCUACGUCAACUGGCGUUUCCUGCGAGGCAUCGAGGCGCAGUUCCUGGCUCUGCAGAAGGGCUUCAACGAGGUCAUCCCGCAGCACCUGCUCAAGGCCUUCGACGAGAAGGAGCUCGAGCUGAUUGUCUGUGGCCUGGGCAAAAUCGACAUCCACGACUGGAAGUCCAACACGCGGCUCAAACACUGCACCUCGGACACCAACAUCGUGAAGUGGUUCUGGAAAGCUGUGGAGACGUUCGACGAGGAGCGGCGAGCUCGGCUGCUGCAGUUUGUCACCGGCUCCUCUCGAGUUCCUCUGCAGGGCUUCAAGGCCCUUCAAGGUGCUGCUGGUCCACGGCUCUUCACCAUCCACCAGAUUGAUGCCAGCGCCAACAACCUUCCCAAAGCCCACACCUGUUUCAACCGGAUCGACAUUCCUCCAUACGAGCACUACGACAAACUGUACGACAAGCUGCUCACUGCCAUCGAGGAGACGUGCGGCUUCGCUGUGGAGUGAGUCCCCGAAGAAGACGGUGCUCUCAAAGGACAUGGAGCUACACGGUUUGGCCACGAUCCCCCCCCCCCCCCCCCCCCUUUCGCCUGCCCCCUUCCUCCAGCAAAUCAAUCCAGCUCCUUCGGGGGGGUCAUCCACGGUUGCUUUCCCCCCCCAGGGACACACACACCUCCCGGGCACAUGAGGCCAAGCUACUGGAGGGUGGGACGUGAGGACCAGGAAGUGUCACCUGACUGUUGGUUCGAAACCCUCCAGCUCUUCUUCUGUCUCUUUUUUAUCGUGGAUCUCUUCAGCUGCUAAUAACUCGAGACUAUUAACUAACUGUGGAACCUGCAAAGAUUUGCCGGAUCUUCCCUUUUUUUUAUUUCUAAGUUCAUUUUAGCAUUUAAAAAAAAUAAAUAUAGACUGUAUCUAUGUAGCCUUGCUCCAUUUUUACCAAGCGGAACACAAGCUCUCCGGAACAACACUAACAAGACUGGUUUGUUUCCAGAGCGUACAGGGUUAUUAAUGGUUCCCACAGCCACGUGGAAACACUGCAUUUGGACGUGGAGUGUGCACGACUCGGGCUGAUCACGCUGGGACAACAUGGACGACAAGGCAAAGAGUGGAGACUGAAUUAGUUCAUCUGUUUACAACCUUCUCCAAAGACAGCGGCUGGGACCUGAGCUCCCGAGACGCUGCCCGACAACAAGCGCUGCUUUCCCACAAACACGACUUCACACGUCUGGACACUAGUUCUGUUUGGAGAAUGAAUAAAUGAAUGCGUAGCUUGAAUUUUGUUAUUUUUAUAUAACAGGGAAAAAAUUGAAAAAGAAAAACAAUAAAUUUCUAUAUAAUAUAUAUAAUUUAUUGUUGUUAUAUUUCAGAAACCCCCCCUUGUUAAAUUAUAGAAGGCAAGUUGUGAAAACAGAACUAAGCUUGACUGAAGUUCACUAAAGAACUCUUGAAUCAAUGUCCCCUGAGUGCCAUAAACAUGUUGAGUGAAUGAAUCUUUACAAAUAUUCAGCACGCCCUUUAAUAUUCUACUGAUUUCAUCCUGGAGCUACUCAUGGCAUCGUGUUGUUUCCCCUUUUACCCUUUUAUUUAGUUUGUCACUUUUUCUAUAAACGUCACGAGCAUGAAAUCUACCUUUUUCAAAUGUGUCCAGAGUCCGUCACAGGCUAGUUUGCGUUGUCAUAGAUAAAAAAAACAAGAAAACAAAACUACUACCUUUGAGCCAUGCGGUGCUAAAGAGCGUUUAGUCUUGUAUCGGCGACUUCUACUCACUGACCCACUACUGCUUCAAGUGCACGGUUCACCACUCGUGUCUGAACCCGUUUGUGGCCACGAAGCCUCAGAGAAGUCGAGGGCUCCACCGGGCCGAGUCCUCAGGAGACGUCAUCAGACUAGAAACCCAGUUCUGACCGGUUGUCUUGAUUUCCUGAACGUCCCGGGGGUUCGAGGACUCGCCACCACCUGCACCGCUUGUCCACUGUUGCAUGUCUCCGAAUGUGCUUUGGGUUUGAAAGUAAACCUGAAUGAGAUGAACUCCUGCAGUGUCUUUUUUUUCUAGAGAAAGUGUGUGUGUGUGUGUGUGUAUGGGUGGGGGGGGGUUGUUUUCCAUGAUUAAAAAGGAAAAAUUCUUGAAUGUUUUCAGAAGAUGCUGCCUGUCUAGCCAUCUCUACGACCGUGGACUGUUCUGAACGAUUGCAUACACUAGAAGAAGAAAUCAAGAGAUAAAAGAGAAAGAUGAACGAACUGUUAAGUUUUCAUUCUUUUUGUAGACGAGUGUAUGCAAAGUGAAAAGUGUCCUCAGCUGGUGCUUUGUACAGUAAUAAGAUAUUGUUCAUAAACUGUAUGUGGAUCAAACAACCUGUAAUUUAUCUUUAACUUAAGUAGAAAAAAAUGAUUUUUGGUUUUUAACUGAAAAGAGGAAAUUGCACACAAACCGAAUGAGGUCACCAGGUGUGUGUGUGUGUUUUGAGUGGUGAGGUCUGCACCAGAUAUUCAUUCACCUUCCUGAGUCCAGUGCACAAGCUCCGAUGGUUCGAUCCCACACGACACGACCCGGCAUCGACCCGCCGACACCGCCUCUCGCUGAAGAACUGAACUUUUAUUAUUAAAAAGUCAAAAGUGCGGAGACGCAGCUCUUUGGUUUUGUUAAAUAGCAUGAUCCACUUAGCAGGACUAUAUCUCUCAUAGCUGACUGAUGCAAUUUGAUGUAUGUUAACACUAUCAUUUUGUAAGAGUAUUUUAUUUUUGUGUGUCAUUAGUUCUAAUUAAACCGGCCUUUGUCUAACAAUGUUACGACCUUGUAUGAAGAUGUAUCCUUGUUUUGACUGUCAUAAACGAGAAGCUUUUUAAUCUGAAUUGUUGUUGGACCACUUGAUAGAGUAACGUGCUCUCAAACAGCUCCUCUGGAACAGCAGUUAUUUACAUCAGGGGCUCGUUGAUCAGAAUAAUGAAUGUCAAGUAGGGUUCGUUUUACACUUGAAUGGUCGAUGGCCCCGACCUCCCACUGAGUAUUCACGGCUUCCACCCUUAAGACGUCUGGUAGAUGGAUCCAGGGGGGGGCAGGGAAGCGGGUGGAUAAUGACACUGAGUGUGGAAAUGAUAUUAAACACAUUUUGUGGUUGUUUUGUUGAAGUGAAACUGCAGCGUACGACACAGAGUCUUUCUACACACUGUGACAAAGAGGACACAAGAGAAGCCGUCGUGAUUAUGUUGAUACUGGUUUGUGUUUUUAUGCCUGUAUUGAAAGUGGCUUGGAUUAAAUUUAAGAUAAGAGGAGUUUUACCUUCUGGAGAGAAACAGAAUCUUCACACAGAUCUAAUGUAAUAAAAAUAAAAGUAGAACUAUUACAAUA